AUGCGAGGUCAAUGGUUUAACGACUACGGCAUGCACGACUAUGAGUACACCCCCCGCCCCCUCCCCCCCGCCGCUCUCGGGUUCCCAGAGGGCAUUGCCGUCGGUCGGAAGUUUCCCUUCCUGGGAGACGUUGAAUCGACAUGGGCGAACGUGGAGGAGACGAUCCGGAACGAAGUCGGGGGCGCUUACCCGCUCCGACGUAACAACCGCCAGAAGCUUUUUCGGUGCAAGGAUGAGCACGAGAAAAGCUUGCCCAACCGAUGGAGCACGGUGCGAAUUGAGUGCGCCCAGGCGGGGACACCGGCCAGAAGCCCUCUCUCGGACGACUGCAAGAGACGCAGGAACACGUCCUCCAAGAAGAUCAACUGCAACUGGAAAGUGCUUUGCCAGUGGCCACAGAGGACGGCGGGGCCUUACAUCACACAGGUUCACCUCACGCACGACACUAUCCCGGAGGGGGGGAUGUCUGACGGGAAGGAGCACCCCCCUCCCCGAGUUUUCGGCGAUGAGCUCAGCAAGGAAGAAAUCCAGCAGCAAGAGCUGAAGAUCAAAGAGCUGGUAGAGGCCGGGUUCGGCACGACAGAGUUACACAAGUACCUCCAGCGCGACGGGAAGAGGUUAGGCGAGCAGGGAAAACAAAAGGUGCGAAAUUUGCGGCGCAAGUACCAGGAGGCCAAGCCUCCUGCGAACGCUGGCUUGUCAUCUCAAACGCCUUCAGUGGUAGCACCGCCAGAGACGCCACGACAUAUACAACCGUUGCCGCCGCCGCCGCCGCCGCCGCCACCACCGCUACCACGGGAGAGCAGCCCGGAGCCUUUCGGGCUAGGGGCGUCACCCUCGCUGCCCCUCGCGGCCUCCUCCCCGAGUGCUUUCGUUCGCGAUAGCCCGCACGGAGUCCGCUUAAGCUCAGCAGGUGUGUGUGUGUGUGUAUGUGUAUGUGUGUGUGUGUGUGUGUUUAUUGUUGUCAUGGACCGCGAUAAUCGGUUGACCCAUAAAGGGGGUCAGCCUUAGAGCGACUUAAAACAGGGAACGCUUCUGAAGGCCAUGGUCUGGGGCCCCGUGACGGGGGGUCGCUGCCCCUCGCGGCCUCCUCCCCGAGUGCUUUCGUUCGCGAUAGCCCGCACGGAGUCCGCUUAAGCUCAGCAGCAUCCUCACCACCACAAACAAAAGCACCCGGCGCGAGAGCUCGCUCGAACGGGGAAGCUUCCAACCCCAGCCUGGAGGCGAGCAGGCACGCCGAUUGCAUGGCCUUCGCCAAGGAGCUGGCCUCGGCGUGCUCGGAGAUAAAGAGCCGCGAUGCCAUGUACCGUGUCAUCGCGCACGCGAGGGUGGCCGCGCUGAACGCCAUCCAGGUGGAGUUACAGUGCCAGGGCCGUCGCGCCGCCGGGGCCAGCUGGGCAUGAGGAGCGGCCAACGCCUCGCCGCCGUCGCGCAUGAAAGAGUAUUGCAUGUGUCUGUUGUAAUGUUCUGACCCUUUUUUUUUUUAUUUGUGGUCAAAGCCACCUUUCCCAAGUAUUACUUAACGGCUCUACUUCUGUACAAUUGCUGGUGUUGAUUUUGUUCUUCUAUCAAAAAAAAUCUAGUCCAGUAGUAACCUCACUUGUUUGGUGGAGCGGGGAGGGGGGGGGGGCAAGGGAGUACGUGGCUCGUGACAGCGUUUUUGCAGCAGAAGGAAAUGCACAAGCCUUGCGAUGGCCGAGGGAUCUCGUGCCUGCUACUUUGUAUGCUCGGGGUAGCAGUAGCAGCGGAGAGGUGCACUCAUUGGCGAUGACGCGGCCUGAGCGGUGUACUCUUGUGCUGCGUCGGCGUGUACGCCCGUACCACGUGUGGGCCUUCUCCCGCUGUUGUCGUGAGGCAUGGCAAACUGCCGGGGCAUGAUAUGCCACCCAAGCCCCUCCCCUCCGAGGAGGCAUGUGGCGCAACGUGCCAAGGGCACACCGUGGGGCCAUCGGUCUUGCCAACGUUGGAAACGUAGCAAAGCAUCAGGCAACUGAUAGUUUAACAAUAUUGCAGGGAAGAACAGAGCGUGGUACAUGUUUUUUCGGAACUUUUGAGGGUUGCGCGUGUUUUUCAGUCCGGGGCGUUUCUAGCAGUAGGGUGGCGUUGGCUUCCAGUACACCAGAAGCAUAGAAGAGAACGAACGUUGCAUCAGCCGAUCGUUUUUUUUGUCUUCAAAACUGGGCACGCCUGGGCCCAUCCAGUACGAGCUUGAGGCGCGUCGAGAGCAGAAUGGCUGGCGGUACGAGGGCGUGGGGUCGGAGCGUCGUCGUUCUCGUCCAUCGGUGUAGGCAUGUCGAUUCGUCAGAUACCGUUCUUGUCGUGAUACUUAUUGUGUACCUGCAUCGUGGAAGACCCCUUCAAUGUGGAACGAUUCCUAGUCAGUGUCGAUGUUUACACUGCUGUGCCUAACACAGAUGAUCUGGAUAGAUUCGGGUGAUCGUCAAUUGCAAUGAUGGCUUUGGUUGGGUGUUCUUCUUCAUUGUAUGUCCACGGACUCAUUCUGGCAGCACUUCAGACAGCAGCCGCAUGCCCCGAGCUUGUGUACCAUGCACCAUGGUGUUAUUAUUGUACAGACAACACUUCAGACAGCAACAGUACGCUGUAGUCGACGUUCCAUUUGGUUAAAUGCGGGACAAGGGGGGUGAUGCUGCUGCUGUAGUCGGUAUGUAGUGUGUGGGCGUGUAGUUCAGUUGUGAGCAUGCAAACGUGCUGCAGGGAUUGCAGGUGUACCUCCUCGGGCUUGCGUACCCUUUUCUUGCUAAUAGUGUGUGUUCUUUAGAUCUUCUGAUGGCUCUAGCAUUUCUGUGACCACGGACCGAGUCUCUGCUAGAUUUUGGGAUUAGCAACUGACACGAGUUUAAUGUGAAGAAAAACAACAACAAACAACAUCUUAUUCCACGUGCGAUGCAGGGUGCUUUCCUACCUGUAGUCUACGCACUUUUUUUCGAUGGUUGUGCAUACGUGUUGUGUAAUCAAAGUUUGGUUCGUAGCGAUAGAACGCUGACGGCGGCUGUGUGCAUUCGCAUGGCAAGGUGUACACAACGACGACGUGCACCACAUAACGUUGGUAUGUUUGCAUUUGAUUUGUGAAACAAAGUCACUACACCUGUGCUGUAGAACCGCUGCUUGGAUGUCUGCGGCCGCUGUGAUAACUAGGUGGCUUUGUCGUGGACUGCUGUGUGGCGCCCAACGUGUCUUCGGGCCUUGUGUACAUUUUACGCUGCCGAAACCUUUGCGUGUUUUUAUUUGGCCGUGUUUUGGAUCACCACAAGAUCAAUACGAUAGGUUCAGAGGGUCAGACUAGGGGGGGUCUCGCCGGGGUGGGUGGGUGUAGCUCAAACAAAAAGGAGGAUGCUUGACUGGAGAGUCCGAGAAUUUUCUCACACCAUCUUCCAUCUGGUCAGGACACUUUUCGAAAUCAGAGUCAAUUCCAGAAACAGUUAGCGACGACUGGGAAUGCCCGGGUCUUUUCGAGACACCGUAGGGUGAAGUGGGCGUCGAUCAAUAAGCUAGUCUCAUUCCAUGCUGAUUAGAAGGUUGUACUCGGAUGAGUCGCUUUUUAAGCAGGGUAUGUCCUGUUGUGUCGUUUAUCGUUUUUUGUUUUUUUGUACCGCCAUAAAAGCGCGAUCUCAGGACCCUUCAAAAGGUCAAACCCGUUUCAUUUUCGUGUUUUCUGUGGU